AUGGAAGCGCGAAGAAGAUCAUCGUUGGCAGGAAGCUGCAAUAAACACCCGAAACACAGGCAAUCACCUGGAAUUUGUUCCUUGUGUUUAAGAGAAAGAUUAUCGAAGAUAUCAGCCCCUUCAUCAGGCGCCGUCAUAAACGUUUCUUCAUCAUCUUCUUCAUCUUCUAUCUCGUCGGUAUCUUCUGCUUAUUCUUCACAUGCCUCUUCUUACACUGCAUCUCCCAUGCAAAGCUAUCGAAAUCGACGACAGAUCGGUAAUUUUGAAGGAAACGGAUAUCUUCAUUUCUUGAGGAAGAACACUAAUGGUUUGUUAAAGAAGAGUAGAUCAGUGGCUUUUGUUAGUGAUCAAACCAAUGUUAUGCAAGAUCAUGAGAAGAAAGUUGGGUUUUGGUCAAAAUUGAUGGGAACAAAAAGGAGUUCUUCGAGAAUGAUGCAUUCAAGAACCCUGAGAGAAACAAACUUGGGCACUUGCAGUUGCAAGGAGCUUUCUCAUCACAUAAGCUUCAGCAAUGGUAGACGUGGCAAUCGAAAUUUUUACGCAAUGAAACAAGAAGAAAGUAGGAUUUGCCAAAUCGGAGGAGCAGCAAUCGGCGCCGAAGAUCGGUUGUCUGGAGCGGAGAUCAGAGGAGGCUCGUCGGUGUCCGAUCGAAGAAGGGUCGCAGUUGUUGAAGGAGUGUGA